AUCAGUUUGCUUGUACUGGAAUCUUGAAGAUGAGAGGAAGGAGGGGGGAUUUGGGUUAAAAGUAAAAGCGUUUUUCUGGUGGAAUCUUUCUGAUAAUGGCUGAAAUUAGGAAGCAGUAGUGAAAAAGCAAGCUUGAAGUCGAAGGCUUAUAAUCCAAUUAUCUUCAGAGACGAGCUCUUCAGUAAUUUCCGUCAAUGAUCCUGGAUGCUGGAAGAAAGUAAUUCCCUCAUCAAUGAUCCUGGAAGUUGAUAGAAGCUUUAAUUAGCUAAAUUGGGGUUUCAGCUGAGGGGGAUUGCGGUUUGGCAAAAGCUUCACGAGUUCUUAACUGGAAGAUGCUUAAUUAAAGGCGGAAAACGUGGAUUGGCAAAAGCUUUGAUUCCUUUCCAGCUAAAGUAGCAGGGAUCCUUAGCUUUACCCAUUGGAAAGCUUGGAGUUUGAAAUUGGAAUUUGGUUCUCUGCUUCUUUCGAAGAUAACCUCCCUCUCUUGACAUCAAUAUUAAUAAUUGUCAGGUUGAAUAAUCAUUCAUUAUGACAAAGAAAUCGAAGAGACAUCCCCUACGCAGUGAGAAGGACCAGUCAAGCUGUAUGUCUGGUUUCAUUAGUUUAUUUGACUUCCGCCAGGGUCGUACCACUCAGAAACUACUUUCAGAGAGAAAAUGUCGGACCAGACACGCUGCCGGUGGUGGAUAUUUAAAGAGUAGACGUAAUUUGCUUACUAGUUCGGAUGAAACAUAUUCUAGCGGUGAUGAUGGUGACAGAAAAAUACAGAAAGUUGACAAGGCUAAGACAAGUGUGAAGAAACUCAUUGAAGAAGAGAUGUCAAAUGAGCAGCACCCAAAGCAGAAGGUUGGAAAUGCUGCCCUGCAAGAGACACAAUCUGAUUCAAAAAACAGAAACCACUUGGGGAAGAACCAUAAACAGUCAACCAAGUCCUGCAGUAGAGCUUGUGAUAUGCACGUCCAUGAUUCUAAAGCUUCUGCAAGCUUAGAAUAUCAACCACCUUGUGAUCCAAAUUCAGAGGGGCCAUCUUCAAAUAAAAUCAACCUAUCUUCAGUAAUGGAACAGUUCUGCAAUCAGUUCCAUCAUACCCAAGAAGCACAUUCGCACAAUAAAAAUGGAGGAAAGUUUUGUAAUGUACAAGAAAGUAAUAGUUUGGAGAAGCAUAACCAUCUUGAUAAGCUUAUUAUGCAGCUGAUUCAGAGUCCUAACAUUUCAGAAAAACUGAGUGAAGCAACUGAGGCAUUUCUAAAUCAGAAGUUCAUUGAAGCCGAACAGCAGAAUAAAGGCCACCAGUCCAAACUAUUAAUGGAUGCUUUAGAGAUGUUGAACUCAAACAAAGAACUGUUUUUGAAACUCCUACAGGAUCCAAACUCUCUGUUGGUGAAAACUAUACAAGACCUACGUGAUGCUCAAGCAGUGGCUGGACGAACUAAACCAUUGCCAGAAGAGAAGAGCAAUUCAAAGGAGUGUGAAAAGCAUGUCGGUGAUAAAAAGUUACAAAGGCAAAAUGUGCAUACUUUUUUCAGGAGAAAAAAUAAAUCUCAGAAUAUAAACCCAUCAAAGGGAAGUGACAAUUCUCAGGCCUUGGACAGAAUAGUCUUAUUGAAACCCAGACCAGAAGGCGAGCGAAAUUCUGGAACUGAAACCAGUCCUAGCUUGAGAAAUGAAGAACAAAGUGUGAAAGUCACCUCCCAUUUUUCUCUUACAGAUAUUCGAAGGAAGCUGAAACAUGUCAUGGGAGAAAGAAGAACGGAGCAUCAUUGGCCUCCUAUGGAAGGGGUUUUGCACAGAAUAUCUUACAUACGUGCAGAAUCAGAAGGUAGUAAAGGGAUUAAUGAAGAGGUCACGGAAAGGAGUUCACCUACAGAAAGGAAUCUCCAUAUUGAAAGAAUCUCCAGUCCUAUGAAUGUCAAGGGAAGAGGCAAGGUAAGACAGCCAAAAUACCACUUACCGGGUCAGUCAAAAGACUAUGAACCAAUCACCGGACAUGAAGAUGCUCCAACCAGUGUUGAUGGCCAAAACACCAACAUGAAAAAUGUUGAAGAAUCUAAACAAAGAGAAACUAAUAUCUACAUUGAGGCUAUAAAACAUCUAGCCGAUAUGGUAAGCAUUGGAAAAGAUGUGGAUUUGUCAAGCGAACAGAUCCCAAAGACCUUGGGUAGGAUCCUUUCACUGCCUGAAUACAAUGUGUCACCUAGAUUACAUCCUGGAAGGGACAAGGAACAUGGCUCUGUAACUGCACAGAUGAAAGUUCAGCUUCAUGACAAUACCCAAAUGAUCAGUGAGAAUGUAUGGCAGCUUAAAGAAGACAACGGUCCUGGAAAUCUAAGCUCACUGAGGCAGAAUAUAGAGACUCCACUGUGUGAUAAAGAUGAUACAGCUGACAGAAAGCUGCAAGUCCCCGACUCAGAUUCAGAUAUCUCACGGAAGCUUCCUCCUGAUAGCAAAAUACAGGAAAGCACUAGUUCUGCUAACAAGGAUUUGAGUCCAGAAGUUGAUGUAAAUGCUGUUGAAGUGACUAACAUCAAGCUCCCAGAAGAGAAUAUCCCCUUGGAAAUGCUCUCUGAGCCAAAUUGUGUUACAGCCAUUGACACAACAAACCAAAGUACAGAUACAAUCAAUAUUUUUGAGGAAGAAGAAACUUAUGAAUGCUUGAAGCUGGACUCGUAUCACUCGUAUCAAAAGAAUCCGUCAUCAUCUUCUGCUUCAGGUCCCUCCUCACCAAGCUCUGUACUUAACCAUAAAAUUGAAGAUCAAGAGGGCAUCAAUGACAAACUGGAACAGCCAAGUCCGGUGUCUGUUCUUGAUCCAUUCAUUCGGGAAGAUUCUAUCAGCCCUGGAAGCACUGUAUCCCAGCCAGUUGAGCCACCAAUUCAACCACUAAAAUUUCAUCUUGGAGAACAUGACUCUUCAGCUGUGGUGUCAGCAAGUUCAGAUCCAGAAACCUAUGUAAGUUGUAUGGUUAUGGAAGACAAAAAGUCCACCUUUGACUAUGUAAAGGCAGUACUGAGAAUCUCUGGCUUAAGAAACUGGGAUGAAUUCUUGGAGAUAUGGAAAUAUUCAGACCAGCUACUUGACGCUCCUUUGUUUGAUGAAGUGGAGGUCUUGUCUGGUCAACUUCGUAAGGAUCAGAAGCUGCUCUUUGAUUGCAUCAAUGAAGUUCUUGUGGAGAUGUAUGAGCAUUAUUUUGGUUGCUCCCCUUGGGUAUCAUUUGCCAAACCAAACAUCAGGCCAAUUCCAGUAGGGGAAAAUCUCAUCCGUGAGGUAUGGGAAGGCAUUGAUUUCCAUCUUCUUCCCCAAAAUCAGCCACUUACACUGGACCGGAUUCUACAAAAGGACAUGGCUAAAGCAGGAAAAUGGAUGGACCUAAGAUUUGACAUUGAUAUUGUUGGUAAUGAAAUGAGGGAUAUCAUUCUUGAAGAACUAACAGAAGAAACAAUAUAUGAGCUGUGUAUGUGAAGUUGUAAUAUUUCCUCUAGUUUUUCCACAUUUCAAGCAGGUUGGGAAAAAAAUGGUGGCUCAGCUUCUGAAAAACACUGGUUUCGGGUUCUGUCAAAUAGCACCUAUAGCAUGCGGGUGAGCUAGGAUGCACAGAACCCCAUCAAGACAAGAGGAUAUUACAUCUU